CCCACAAAACAUUGCACGUUUUCAUACGAUUCCCCGCCAAACCUUAGAAAUCUAGGCUAUGACAUCCUUGAACUGAAACUGUCAUACCGUGAAAAUUUUUUCAAUGGAUUAGCUUUAUAGUUAAUCAUGAUACCGUAACCACUUUUUACGUACAAAAUCUUAGCAGAUUAUGAUGUUUGGUAUUCUUUUCCGACAAUCGUGAAUCCCUGCAUGAUUGUAUCCUCAGAAAAUGAUCAAUCCGUGAAGAUUCUGAUCAAAAGGUAACUUCUUUUCAACAAAGAGUAUUCGAUGUGAAAGAAUGCCCAUGAACGAUGUCUCUAAGAUGUCAUUCUCUCCUUUCUGUAUUCGGCCUGCUCUUGGUUUUAGCAGCUUUCCUCUUACAACUUUUAACACUGACUACAACUUGGUGGGCAGCCUUUUCAGCUCGAACAGAUCUAGGCAAACCUAAAGAAGAUGGUCACUAUGGCUUAUGGACAUUAUGUAACACGAAAGGCCCCCACUGGACUGAAGACUGUGAUCCUUUGGACACUUUCUUUCAACUUCCCUCUUUCCUACAAGUCGCUGGAAUUAUUGGAAUUAUUCAUCUUCUGAUGUUACUAUCUCUUGUGCCUUUGGAGUCACUUUGGGCCAUAGAAAGGAUAAAAAAUGCACCAGGUUUAUGCCUUAAGCCAAAGACAUUGUGCAUUACCAAAAUAUCAGUAGCUUUCAUCUCGGUGAUAUUUGCCAUUUUAGUUGCCAUAUUUGCCAGUGUGGGUGAAAAUCGUCAGGCAGAAUACACCGUUCGAAAAGAGUGGUCAUUUUGGAUACAGCUCUCUGUAAUUGCUGUUGAUAUAAUUAUAACUCUGGUAUGCGCAAUCGAAAACUUGAGAUUCUGGCAGCAGCAUAUCCGUCAGAAUGUAGAUCCUGAAGGAACGUGGGCUGAAACUUAUGCUAAUCCAACAUUCGAUUCCGAACCUGUUGAAUUUUCCCAUCAGCGACAACGGCAUUCAAGCAAUGGGGCUGUGGCCUAUACAGAGUCCAGUGGCCAUCCUUACGGCUUCAAUUCAAACCCGACAAGCAAUUCUGGUUCAAAGAAAAGCGGCAAGAAGGGUAAAUCUAAUCGUGAAGAAAUGGUCUCGACAACACUUGUGUAUGAAAACGAAUGUUACCAAGAACAUUCCCCCAGCGCGAGAAGAAUGCGCAGAAGUAAUCAUUAGUCAUAAUCGUUUAAUGGGUACUUUAUUAGAUUAGUGUUGUGACAAAAGUUUGAUAUAUCGUCGUUUAACAAGCAACACCACCUAUCUCAUAUUAUACGAACAAGAAAAAACUUCAUUUUUCGGAAUUAAUAAAUAACAUUUCUUGUUUUUUUAUAUAAUUAUUAUUAUCUAGUAUGAUCAUCCGUAUUAUGUCCUUCAGUAUUUUCUUACCAGAUGUGAAAUAAAUCUGGAAUGUUCGUUAUAGGUUUUUGAAAAAUUCAGUUCCACCCCCAUUCUUUCUUUCUUGCCCUUGUACAAUUCGGAAAAUUAAGAUAAGUAGUUUUGCUUGUUAAGCAAUGUUUUACAGUGAUACAAAUGACCACAAAUCGAACAUAUGGGUUUCUAAUCAAUAUGAGAUUUCCUGCUUUCAGGCAUUGGCAUUUAAGUGCCUACCUUCUGACAUAUUAAUUGUAAUGUUCAAGUAUUUAUUGUGAAUGUUCAUAUUCUUGUUCGCUAUUAUGCUAGCAUUUGAUAUAUCCCACUGGAGGCAUUUCAGAUAUUGGGAGGAAAGCUUUUAUGGUAAGUGGUUCUCGCUUCGCUAGUGUGUGAUCGAGUUACCACCACUCCGAUGAAUGGUCGUAACUCUGUGUGAUAUGUAGACACAUAAGCUGCGCAUUAAUAGAGAUUAUCACGAUAAUGCCGGUUUUAAUUUUCUUAGCAACUCGGUCAGAAAGAUAACCUGGGCGCUUAGGCAGGGCUGGGAUAGCUUCUUUGUGUAAUGGCGUGUUUCAUCGCAUCUUAUAGCUUUCAGUGUUUUAUAUGUGAUACAGAGAAAGAGGCUUUUAAGGUCCAAAUAGAAUUUAUAUGCAUUUAAACAUAAAUUUCUUUAGUGUAGUUUCAUAUUAAUUAUCAUUUAAAAAAAUUAAGUACUUAGAAUUGUUUGUGAUCUUACUGUGAUCAAAGGGAUCGAGCUUGUAGCAAAGCGACUGGGCCAACAACGAUGUUUAUAUGUCCCAGACGCCAGCUAUAGGUGAAUACAAAAUCGCCAUGCAUUUAUUUCGCUCUUUUGCACCUAUGAUGACGAAGGAGACAAAAAAUAUUUUUCCUUCCAAACGUUACAUCUAAAGUAAGGGGGGCAAAAAAGAAGGGCUUUUCGUCAUGUUUGGCAUUACAACGUUCCACCAGGUGCCACUUUCUCUUGCUUCACCGUUAUAGUCAAUGUUAAGCUAUGCGCUCUUGCUUUUUGUGUAUGUGUUGGUGAAAUGCUUUUUUGUUGUAUAAAAUGCAACACAGUCUAUCUCGUCAUUAGUUGAUAUUUCAUGUAGUACUUUUGAAAUUAUCUGUCUUAUGAAUAAUGUUACAAAGUGAGUAUAUACUAUUACUGAAUGUCACUGUUUUACAUACUCUUGUUUUUGGUGAGGUAUAAUCUCCAACAUCUAUGUUUAAGAGGACGUGUCUCUUUCUUUGAAUAUUCUCAAAACAUGAGGGAAUAUAUACCUGUAAAUUUUCUACUUCUUAAGUGUAAUGUCAUCUGCAUAACUUCCCAUUUCAUUUGUCCGGUCAUAACUGCUUAACUGCUGGUUACUUAUUCUUGCUUUGCCAUUAUAGUCAACAUUAAGAUACGCACUUGUUUCCUGUGUAAAAUUGGAUGAAAUGCUUUUUGAUGCAAAAAAUGUUACGGGGCUUGUCUCGCUAUUAAUUGAUGUUUCAUGUAGUGCUUUUAAAAUUAUCUGUGAUUAUAUAUAUAUAUAUAGAUAGAUAGAUGUAUAUUAUCCGUAUGUAUAAUGUUACUAAAUGUGUAUCUUUUACAAACUUUUUUGUUUGGUGAGGAAAUGUUUCCAAAUGCCCAUUUUAACAUAUAAAUGUCCCCUUUUUUUUAAUGCCCUGAAAAUAUGAGGAUAUAUAUAUAUAUAUAUAUAUAUAUAUAUAUACCUGCAAAUUUUCAACUUGUUUAAUGUCAUGUCAUUUCCAUGACUUUCUAUUUUAUUUGUCCGUCAUAGCUCCCUAUGCAGGGACACUAACCUAGGCAUCAAUAUUAACUGAGCACAUUGCUUAGUCAGGUGGUAUUGAUUCUGUUAAUUUUAGCCUCACUGUUUUUAUAGCGUUUGGGAGUCCUGAGUUGCUGGAUCAAAGUAUAUAGAUUUCUGCCAGGAUCUCAUUUCAUAAUCCCUUGUAAGACAUUUUAUUCUCAUUCGUUUAUGUUUUCUACAUAAUUUCCUUUCAGAUAUAAGAAAGGUUGAGCAUUACCAGAGUUGAGAGAGAAAAUUGGUAUUUUUUAGCCUCAAAAUCAUCUGCUGUAAAUAAUUUUCGUUUCAGAGCAUAUCAGUAAAAAUAAAAAUUCGUAUGGAAUUUCUUAUUUAGAUUAAUGGAAAGAGAAACUUGUAAUCUGCAAUGUGCUUAGUUUUAUAACUCUUUUAAAGUCGUUGUGUUACUAACAAUUCGUUAAAUGUGAUCAGAUAAAUCCUGGGAAGAACCGGUGAUGUGAAUUUGAACUAUAACAUCUGCUUUAGUGUAUACGUUUAUUUAUUGAUAAGGCAUGGAAGUUAAUUAAGGCUCAGUUGAAGUUGUGAAUGACACCAGAUGAAAGCUUGUUCUUGUAUGGACUAGACUCAGUGAGAGAAAAGUCUGCUGCUUAUUUUCAUAUUUUUCCGUAAAUUAAUUGCAUCCUUCAUUAAAUAAUUAAUUAAAAAUUAUUCUAAUUAAAGAAGUUUGAAAAAUCCCAUUAUACCUAAAGGGCAAAAAAAUAUAUAUAUUAUUUUUUAUAUUUUAAUCUUACUAUCUAUAGUGUUUCUCAAACUCACUCCUGGGUGGCGCCACUACUAUGGAAUCAAAAUUUAAUUUAAUUUAUGAUUGGCUUUAUUAAGAUCUGAAAAUAUUUUUGUUAGAAUAGUUUAUUGUCGUCGAGAGUUAUCUAUUACAAAAUCCUUGUACAAGCAUUAAACAAAUUAAGCUAAAUAAAGAUGCCUGGUAAUAAAAUUUCAAUUAUUUCUAAUCAUGUGGCUCUUAAGGCAACCUUGUUCAAAUAAUUAAACUAAUCAAAGGGCUUUUCAGGAAGCUAAACCAUUCAGCUCAUUUUAGCCAAAAUAUAACAAAUCAGGAUUAUUAAAAUAUAAAAAAAAUUGUGUGAUUUCACCUGAAAAGCUGAUAAAUAUAUGGAUAUAUAGCUGAAUAUAUGGAUGAAAUGAAAUAUGUGACAUGUGUUCAGUAUUGUAGUAAAACUGUUUACGCUAUAACACUGAAAAUAACUGAUGCCGAAUAACUGAAAAUGUUUUCUGAAAAAAUUACUCAAAUCUCUUAGAAAACAUUUUACUAAUUAAACUGAUUUUUUUUAAGGAAUAAUAGCCAAAAGAAGGACUAUCUGAACUAAAAAAUAAUAGUUUUCUCUCUCAAUUCUGGAAUUUAUAGUACACGCAGCUAUAAAAAUAAAUGUUAAUAUAUGCAUUUUUUUUCUAAUUUGGAUUUUUAUUGUACAUAGCAUUAUCAGACGAAUACACGUAUAUGUACUAGUCAAGGAAUUACCCGGUGUAUUUAACUUUUUUGAAAUGGCAAACAAAAUUUGUUUGUAAUCGCAUGUAUGAAGAACCAGUCUAGAUAUAUAAACAUCAUAUGAAAAAUUCUUUUUUUAAAAGUCGUCCAGGAACGAUUUGCAUAAUAUAUCAACGUCACUUAGACUACUACUUAUAUAUAUAUAAAUAUGGGGAUUUUACAUUUGCAGAAGAAAGAAUCCAAAUUCCCUUAUCAACUUGAUGUGUGUUUCCAUUAUUCAUCAUCUUAGUCGAAAAUUUUCAGUGCUGUAAUUUAACAUUUAAAGUUAAUUUAAGUUUCAUCUAUGGCCAUUAUAAAAAGAGCGGGCAAAAAGACACGCGUGUAUUUGCAAAUUUGCAAAACGUCAAGAUUGCUGCAAAAAAAAAAAAAAAAAAAAAAAAAGAAUUUCUUUUAGAUAGAAUGCAGUAUUGAGUCUUGAGUUCCUGUUUCAGUAUUUAAAGAAAUUCAUUUUUGUAAAGCUUUAAGAAAUUAAGAAAAAAUAAAAUUAUUUUUAAGUUAGGAAUUUUUUUUUUUAGUCAAAAAUAGGAACAAAAUUCAGGACAGACUGAGAUAGUCGACAACUACCGCGUUUUAAUCUAUUUUAAUUUGAAGUUAAUUCAGUCACUUUAAUAAUAUAUAAAUAAUUGCUAAUAAUUAAUAAUAUAUUAAUAUAUUAUAAAUAAUUGCUGCCUCCUUUAGUUUACCUAAACUUUCACUGAGUCAUCAAUUUAACUUACCAAUCGAGCUUAUAAGCAAAAAACGACGUGAACAGAACUUAGCCAUUCCAUUCUAAACAUUUGAUUUGUAAUAUAACCAUAUCACAACUAAUUAAACCAUAUCACAUUCCACACUUUAAAUGCGUGUUCAGAGUGAAUAGCUUGCGAUUUCUCUAAUUACGAAAAAUGCAAAGGAAAACAGAAGUUUAGUAACGCUAAUUUUAAAUUCAUAUACGAUUAUAAAAUAUCUUAUACCACAAAAAGAAUAACUAUUUUCAUAUUUGGCUAAUUAGGUAAAACUAAAGAUUGGAUGUAAAACAUCUAAUGGGUAACACUUGGUAUUCAUCAUUGCAGAUUAGUAUUCAUCGUAGAUUAAUUAGUAUUCAUCGUUGUAGAUCGUAGUUGAUCGUCUAAUCGAUCAUAGUUCGUCUAAUUGAUACUGUCUUAUCAUUUAGAUCCACGUAUUGAUUAUAAAUUUUUCUGCAUAAUUGUUCUGCUAUCAUAUCAAUUUUCUAUUAUGUAUCUCUAGAUUCUGAUCGCCCCAUCCCUUCUUCUUCCAAGAUUCCAUUUUCAUCUUUUUCAUUAGUCUAGUUAUCUUAUCUCUUCACUAAAGUUUUAUUUAUCAUACCGCUCCAGUGCCAUUUAUUUGAAGUCUUGUUUAUAUAUUACCUUACAAUAGUAUAAACUGUACCCGCCUUUCCAACAAUUCGAAAGCGAACUGCAUAAUACAAAUGCGAUAUAUGUCCUGCAUUUUUAAGAACGAACCAAAGAAAAAAAAAAACAUAUUGAUUCAAAAGAAAGAAUUCAAUAAAAAAUUCUUCAUUACUGAUGCGAUAUAUUAGGUAUGAAUGCAUUUCUACUAGUUAUAUUUUGUUAUAAAUAGCGCUUCUUGCUAUAAAUAUAACAUUUCUAAUAGCUAUUAAAUUUCCGUACUAUUAUUUUAAAAUCUGCUUUCAACCUCUAAGCAGGCACCCAUGGAUCAUAGUUUGCUUCACAUUUCACUAUCCUGUGCCAAACACGAGACGCAGUGCGAAGCAGACAUUUUUAAUCCGCGGAUAUGCAUCUACAACAAUGAUUCUCAAAUCCGUACAAAUCUACUGACCAUAUUAGUCAGUAGAUUGUCAGUAGAAUACCCCCACGGAAGUUUUGUCUCCAAGUAUAUCCAAUUAUAUGGCAAGUUAAGGGGGGGGGGGUAGAAUACCCCCAGCCAAAGGGGGAAACCUGGAUUCUCCCCCGGAAAUUUUUAAAACAUUAGGAUGCUAAAAAGUACACUUUGAAAAACUUUUAUAGUGCAUUUAGUUGUUAAAACGCUCAAACCUCAGCAAAGGUAGACAAUAAAACAGUUCUGACAAAAAAAACGUACUCACUUUUUGUUUCAACCUUGUUUUCAAUUUAUAAAACUAUUCAGUCUAAAUAUUGCCCCAUUUCUUGGCUACUUCGUGAUUUCGCAAUAUUUUUAUAUAUGCUGCCGGAUCCUCCCGUGGACCAUUCCUGAGGCACUUUUAUUCCUUUAAAAACGCUCAACCUCAUCAAAGACACAAGAAAGCAGUUCUAAGAAUAAGUUUCUCACAAAAAAGAUGCAUGAUUAACAUACUCACUUUUUGUUUCAACCUUGUUUUCAAUCUUUAAAAUUAUUCAGUCUAAAUCUUAUCUCAUUUUUUUGGUUACCUCAUUAUUUGGCAACUUUUUUAUCUAUACUGCCAGAUCCACCCCACUUCCCGCUGACCAUUCUCUAAGCUCUCACAAACCAUAGUUUGGGAACCACUGAUUAAGAGGAUUAAGCUGUUAACCAUUAUGGAAAAUUUCCAUAUACAGCUAUAAUUUGCUUAAAUCUAUGCAGCUGUUCUUUGCCAACUUUACCUUUGUCCAGCAAAUUAUCUAAAUUUUUACAAUUCAGUUUUUCUUUUCUUGAAUUUGAAACUUUGAUGUUUGAGUCGCACGAAAAAUUUCCUUAUUUCCUUUAAAACUUCCUUUAAAGGAAUCUAUAUAUCUCACAUCUUCCUUUAAAAGAAUCGCACAUAAAUCGCAUGGUAAAAUAUAGAAAUAUUUAAAAUUUAUAAACUUACUCACAAAACAAUUUCACCAAGACAAAGUAAUUUUGGAAAGAAAAUCCAGUGUUUAAAAAAUACUCACAAAAACUCAGCAUAAAUGCAUAAAGAUUUUCGUACAAUCUUAAAAAAUUUAAUGCAGAAUUGGGCGUAGCUAUGCAAUAAAGGACCAACUCUUGCACAACAUUUUAAGAUGUAAACUGUUUUUGGAAAACGGCACAGUAAAAUUUCUGAUAUCGCAUUUGCACAAAAUUAAUAAUUGCUUUUUAAGCUAAUUACUAUUGUACUACAAAUUGAAAUUGGUUCUAUUUUCGAUGGCAAAUAACAUGUAUCUAGAUAGUGAAUCUGGAAUCAAUAUCGCAUUGCACAAAUUCGGUGACAAAUGACAUGUAAUUUUCCAUAAUAAAUCCGGAAUCAGUAUCGAAUUUGCACAAAUUCGGUCACCAAUAACAUGUAGUUUUCGAUAGUGAAUACGGAAUCAAUAUGGAAUUUGCACAAAUUCGGUGACAAAUAACAUAUAGUUUUCGAUUGUCAAUCCGGAAUCAAUAUCGAAUUUGCACAAAUUCGGUGACAAAUAACAUGUAGUUUUCGAUAAUGAAUCUGGAAUCAGUAUCGAAUUUGCACAAAUUCAGUGACAAACAUCCUGCAGUUUUCGGUAGUGAAUCUGGAAUCAAUAAAAUGGUGCGUGAUUCCUAAUUGUAUAAUUACGUCCAGUUGGAAGUGGAUAAAAAUAUUUGUACAAGCAUAUAUCAUGUUAUAAAAUAUUGAUAUACUCAUAUUGUAGUAUAAUUUUUCAUUAUUUUUUUUUCGCCUAGAGAAUUUCUUAGUAAGGCUAUGCAUUUAUAUUUAUGCCUUUAUUUAAUUUUUGUAACUAAUUUAAAACUAUUUUGUAUGUUUUUAUUUUUCAGAGUUUUUGAAUUUCUGUGUUUUUGUUUUUGUUUUUGAAUUAUUUUUUUUAAGUUUUGAAAACCUGAAUG